AUGGUGAAAUUAAAAAAACGUUAUCUUUUAAUUGAAUUACAGUUUGUGGAUGAUAGAAAGGAUGCAUUCAUAACAGGAUCAGAUAUUUAUCAUUCAAUCUUUGACCAAGUUGGACACCUUCAUGGAGAUUAUGGAGUUGGUGCUAUUAAAGGGUCAUUACAGGUUAAAGUUCGUGAUCCAUCCACAAACACCGCAGUUAUCCGAAUCGGCUCGAAUGAACGUUCUUUCGUAAGCACUGCAAUACCUUUUAUUUUAACAAUUGGAAAGUGCCGGUGUACUUUACAGCUUUUAUUUGAAGAAGAAAAAUCAUCUCUUAGAGCUGCAAUUAGAUCAAUUACUGGGCCAAAAGUAGCUCAUAUUCGAUUUUGA